AUGACGACGAACUUGGCAAAGAAUCUGGCAAUGAUUAAUUCAGGGAAUAGCAAGAAAAUGUAUAUGAGAGUAGGAACCUGGAAUAUUAGAACUCUCUCUGAGAAAGAACAAGAACUGGUGGACGAAUUUCGCAAGGCGAAUGUCACACUCAUUGCGUUGACCGAAACAAAACAAAAGGGGAAAUGUGAACUCACACUAGGUGAAGAAGUCAUACUAUACUCAGGGGUGGAAGAAAACUUAAGAGCACAAGCGGGGGUGGGUUGCAUAAUCAAAAAACAAUUUAGAAACAAAAAUGUUUUAGAUUGGUCUGGAAUAUCUGAUAGAAUUAUGUCAUUAACACUGGAAAUAAACAAAGAUCGAAAAUACAGUCUUAUUAUUUUAUAUGGUCCUAACGAGAAUGAUCCGAAACACGAAAAAGAUUCAUUUUGGGAGGACGUCCAAAGUGUCUGCAACGAGGCAAAAUAUCCUGUCAUAAUAUUGGGCGACCUAAAUGGAAGAGUUGGAAAUAUUACAGAAGGAACAGAAGGCUCGCUGGGCAGAUUUGGGGAAGUAAUAAAGAAUGCAAACGGUGAGAGACUAAUUGAAUUUGCUAUAAACAACAGUUUCAUAAUAUCAAACUCUUUUUUCGAACACAAAGAUGAACACAAAUAUACAAGAGAAGUUAAAAGUAGGAACGAAAAAUCAAUCAUCAAUUAUGUACUAAUAGAAAAAAAGCACAGAAAAUUAAUAAAAGAUGUAAAAGUAAAUAGAAAUGCUGAACUCGGUUCGGACCACCACCUAGUAAUAGCGAAGUCAGGAAUCCAGGAAGAGCCAAGAAUGAUUAGAACUUCCAAGAAAGCAAAGAAAAGCACGAAAGUAUAUAAACUAGCUGUAGUAGAAGUAAGACGAGAGUACCAGAGGCAGAUAAACACAAUGAUAAUAGAUUUGGAAAAUAGAGAUAGCGAUUACGACCUAGAACAAAUGUGGGGCUGCUACAAAGGGAUACUACAUAAAGCGGCAGAGUCAGUUUGCGGAACUGUGACAACAGGGGGAAGGAAGAAAAAGACCCACUGGUGGAACAAAAAAACACAAGAAGCAGUAAAGAAAAAGAAAGAUGCUUGGAAAAAGUACCACCAAUUAGGGAGUAGGAAGAAUUUGGGGAAAAAAUGGAGGAGAACAGAAAAAGUAACCAAAAACUUUUCUAUGCGAACCUAA